GUCAGGUGGGGAAGUAGAGACAGACAUAUAAAGUAAACUGUUUAAAAUACAGGGUUAAAAAUACGUGUAAAAUUGUAGGGAAACAAGAAAAAGAGUCGGUGAAACUUAGAGAGACUGAUGAACAAAGGGAGACAAGAGACAGGAAAGUCAUAGACACUAUAAGUUAAAGAGGAGAAUGGAACCAGCUGCUCGAGACAAGUACAAUAACCUGUGACCUGAACCACUUGGUAAUGAAACCUUUCGUCUCUUGUCAGUAAAGGUUUAUUUUUCCCGACAUGAUGGAAGUGGUCCAGCCUUCCAUACACGACUUUCGCAGUGAAGAUCAGAGGUUUAAGAAGCUUUCACCAAUUCUUGUGGAAAGCUUGGUGAUGGAAUCCAAACAAAGAGCUGUACCCAACCACUUGCUGGAAACAAAGAUUUACAAAAAACUCGGCAAAAAUAAAGUUGUUGAAGCUGAACCUGGAAUUCUACAUUUUGGAGGUUAUGAAAUUGGAAAACGUCACCAGCAGAUUCUAAAACUGGUCAGUAUUUCUUCAAAUGCCAUGAAUCUCCACAUCAUACCUCCGCAGACUAAAUACUUUUCCAUAGCGUACAACAAAACUCGCAGGUUAGUUCCUGGCUUAGCGUUUGUGAUCAACGUGCAGUUCUAUCCCGAUGAGUGGAGAUAUUACUCAGACUGUAUUCGCAUCCAUGCUCAGGGUGAUGAUACGCUGCUCGUCCCUCUGCAUGCCUACCCAGUCAUCAACCACUUGGAUUUUCCAUCUCACAUCAACUUAUCUGAUGUUCCACUUGGACAAAGUAAGCAGUACGUCAUCCCCUUGCAGUGCAGCUGCCCCAUAGACUUUGAGUUCUGCAUCAUUUGUUCUCAGCCGCACCAUGCCUUCCACAUCUCUCCAACCUCAGGUUUAAUUCCAGCCAGUGGAGCUGUGGAAGUAAUUGUGACAUAUACUCCAAUCAAUUAUGGAACAGCCCAAAUGAAAAUGGAGCUACUGGUCUCUGAGUUUAAUGCAAAACCUUAUUCCUGUGUAUUUACUGGGACAUGCUCUCCACAUCUGUCUCUCAGGAAAGAAAAUCUUCAGAAAGGGUCCGUUCCUUCCAAGGUAAAGCCAGAAGAUUCAGGAAAGCCAGUGCAACUCGUAUCCCGAAAGAAGAAGCAAUUGCAGACAUUACAACAAAAUGCAUCAAAGGUUAUUGAAUAUCAAAAUUUCAGAUUCCCUGUAAACCUGUCAAAUCCAUAUUCUGUGGCUACAGUCUUAAACCAGCAGCCUGGCAAAUUAAAAACAAAGGAUAUACGGGAAGGACUUUCAUGUGCCAGCAAGGAUGGAAAAACAAGGCAGAUGAAGGAGACUCUAUUCGAACAAAAGGUCCAGCGUAAUGUUGCAGAAGAAGAGACCAACCAGCUCAGGUGGCAAGUUCACCUUGGCAGUGAUCCACUUUCUCUAAAGCUGCGUCAUAAGAUAAAAGAUGAUCGAAGGCAAGCUGAAAAGGACUACCAGGUAAAGAUGGGAAAUCCUAUUAUGGACAUAGAAUAUAAACGGGAAUCACUUUCAUUAAUUUCUCAGCGAAUCUUACGGCCAGUGGAUCAGUGUCCAAAAUACCAGCCACGCUUUGACCCCUAUGUGAACAAUUUAUGGGGCAACAGACACAGAGCCUUGAGAUGUUUCCAGCAAGCAGCAAGAAAGGUCCUUAUACGAUGUCGGAUGAAUCUCAGAUUAAUUUUACUUCGAAAACUGGUUCAAAGUUUAAAAAGCAAACAUGAAGAAAAACCAUUUGAUAAAGGAAACCUGUUUUCUAGUGAAGAGGAAGACGCAGACAUGUAUCAGCUGUCAGUACAAAUUGUUACCCCUCCUGAGUUUCCUGCUUACCCCACAGAGGUGCCCACUGUUGAAGUGGAUUUAGGAGAUCUCAAAGUAAUUUGUCCCAAACCUGCAGAUGUCAUCCUUAAACAAGAACUUCCAUACUACAAGUUAAAGGUUCCCCAACACUUCGAACUAAUGGGAUAUCAGCCAAUCAGUGUGCAUGAAGCAUCUCACAGUUAUAAGCCUCGAGAGCUGGUGAGAUCCCUGAAGAGUGGAGCAGAGGAUGAGCUUGUGUCUGCAAAUGUGGCACCAAAUGCAUCUUCCCAGACAGAUUCCCUAGGAUCCACUCAUCAACACAGCUUUCAGACCUUACAGGAUGGAGAGGAACCCGGAUUAAGUAUUCUUAAAUUUACACCCCCAGAACAGCUGCUGACCCCUCCAGAUUACCAUCCCUUGCAUGUUUUUAACCCAGCUCCUGGACUGAUUGCUUUUAAAACACCGCUAUCAUACUCAGAAAUAGACAUGGAAUAUCACCUCUGUCCCCUGCCAAAAUACCCCACCCAGAGUGAUUCUAUAGGAGGACCGGGAACAUUGAACACCCAGAGAAAGUUCUUGAGCAGAGAGGAAAUUAUUAGAGGCGUCAUGAACUGGAGGAAGUUUCCAACUGUCUCUCUUACUGCUGCCUCUGUGACCUCUAAUACCUGUAGACAACGUUGGUGUGAUCCCUUCAACGAGGAUUUACUCCCAAAGGAGGCACCAGCAACAUUUAGUGGCUUACAGGAGAUGGACAAAGAGAACAUUGCCACAAAAGUUGCGGACGACGAAGAAAAAUUGCUGCUGACCCCAUCCAUGCUGAAGGCUGAAUUCACACUGAUACAAACUGCACCAGAAGUCUCUGAAAUGGAUGAAGCGUUGGAACAGAAACCUGUUGUGUCCCUCACAACAAUAACCUCUGGCCCCAUGAUAAGUGACACAAGGGAACAACUUCCUGAGCUACUCUUCCAAGGUGAGGUAAACAGGCUUGGUGACAAAGUCAGAAUUUGUUUGGGACAAAUGAAGCUGCUUUCACGCAAUAACAAGUUGAUAUUGGAUUAAAACUAUAAACAGCUCUAACUCUUGGUCUGUCAAAUACAUUUGCAAAGCAAUACUAUCAUGUACAACUUUAUCCACUAAAUAAACAUUUUUUUCUUGCAUCUCUA